ACAUCAGAAAUAUAGAACCUAGGAAGCACAUGAACCUCGCGUAUAUGAUUUAUUUAAGGCUCGAGAACAAUAUUACAACAAGAGGAAGACUCUGGAGAAAAAGUCGUUGCGGCUAUGGCUUACGUUGAGAGAGGUGUCGUCAAAUCCAAGAAAUCAAUAUGGCGAUUACGGACAAUCACAGAUUUCUUUUGGGCAAUUGUCAACUUCAUUGGUGUAUUCUUCACUACAAUGUUUUCGAUGGAAAAAUCUGAUGAUUACAAGAAAGGAUCGGGUGCCAGCAAGAAAUGGGAUGGUGGUGGUCCAGGAGGUCCUGGAAGCGGGCCAUAUGGUGGUGGUCCACGUGGGCCACCCCGUGGACUAGACAAUGUUCGAGGGAUUGACCACAGUUCGCUUCCAGCAUGUGGCUCUUGUUGUGGCUGAGGUGCCAAAUAUAUCAUCACUUCUGCCCAUCACUAUCGGGAAAUUUUAUUGAACCAGUGUGUAUUGUUACCUAAAACUUAUAUAUUAGGGAUGAAACUAUUUCCUAGUAUGUAACCAAGUCCAGUUUCUAUUUGGAAAACCAUAUUUCUAUGCGUUUACAGAAGACAAAUAUGGUAUAUUACUGCUUUCCUGAAAUGAUCUCUUUUAUUACACUAAUUAUAUAUUUCUUGCUAAGGUAUGGAAUCUAAAUGGCCUAUUCUCU